AUGCUCAAAUUGCUAUUUUGCUUGUUUUGCGUUAUUUGUGUUACGUUUGCUUGCGAUAUUAUUGUUCGCCUCAAAUCGGACACCGAUAAGAAAUUUCAAGCUCAAAUCGCCGCUCCAAAUGGUCGCAAAAGUGAUAAAUGGACAUUCAGUAAAAAAGGAGAGCGUCAAACGUUUCAACAACGAGCAGAUGAAUGUGGUUUAAAAGAUUGGGAGAUUACGACCUAUGAAAAUGGGAAAGAGAUUAGCAAUAAAAGUCGCCAAGGAGCUAUUUGCACUGGGCAGUGUGCACCAUUGGCUUCAAUACAACAAAAACCAACUAAAAAACCAUGA